AAAUUGUUUGUUUAUAUGUGCACUAAAUACGUGCGUUUUUUUUUUUAACAAAUUUUUGGUAAUCUUACACGUAUUUUUACGAUGGUUAAGGAUGUUUCAGGUCUGCCACGAGGUCAUCUCAUCAGUGCCAUCAUUUCGUGUAUAAUGUCGUUAAUGAUUUAUGCUACUUUACGCUUUUAUUCGGAAUGGUUUAAUUCCAGCCAACUAAAUACGAUAUUAGGCGGUUUCAUUGGUUCAUGGUUAUUUUUAUUUAGUUUAACGUCACUAUCUAAUGUGGAAAUGUUAUUAUUUGGUGAAGAUUUCUCUUCAAAAUUUAUUCCUGAAAUAUUAUUUUGUCUAAUAGUUGCAGUCGUAGCGGCCGGAGUUGUACAUCGCGUUUGCGCAACCACCUGCAUUCUAUUUUCGAUUCUGGGUUUGUAUUUUAUUGAUCGUAUAUCCAAUGCACAUUAUAAUAAAUCAGCUCUGACCGUUGAAACGAUUCAUUCACGUAAAUCUAACAAAAAAAAUAAGUGAGUCGAAGUUCAUUGACUCUCUAAAAAGGAUCGCUUUUUUCGCUUUUAAGAGG